AUGAAACUCGUUGUCAUUGAAGAUGUUGCCUUCUGUAGGUUCAUUUCUUUGAAAUUGAGGGUGGCAGUUCUACAAGUCGCAUUGGGCCCUUUACCGUGGUAUGUUUCUAAUACAAGCGACCCUUUCUAGUUCUACUACAAGAGGAUAGCAGCUUCUGUAUAAAGUACUAUUCCAUACCUACGAUGAACAGCAAUAUUCUUUUACUGGUUCGUGUGCCAGGUAAUCGUUUUGUGAGUUAAGGAGCGAUGCGCAAGAACGUGCCUUAUCGUUGCCCGAAACUGUAUUGCAACAAGCAGAGAAAAUUUUUGUACGAUAUAGUUGCAAACUACUUUGAAC